AUGCUGCAAAGGGAUUACAGAUCGGCACCUCCAGGCCAGUAUGAAAAAUACACAAUUUCACACACACCGGGUGAUGAUAGCAGAUGCGUGAAGAACGGAGAUUUUAGUGCGGACUUAACUGGACAUAACAAUCUCAUGGGGCCGAUCGGAGCCCAUGCCCCGGUUAACAUCCAAGCCAGGGAUGCCUCAACAAGACCGUCUGUCGUUGAACAUCGUCCUGGUGGACAACAUCUUCCCCAGAAGGCUCCGGGAUGCAGCAGUAGUACGAUGGAGGAGCAAGGAGCUCAUCUUCACAACCCCUAUGCACAUUCUGACUGUUUCAACUCCUCAACACAGGCGAGCACCCAUCAACCAUACUAUCAAAACAUGCAUCAGUAUUCGGUACCAUCAGGAAUACCAGGACCCCAUCCUCAAUCAUUCAGUAGUUCCCAGUUCCCUUUUCAUCAGCAUCAGCAGCAGAUCCCCAUUCCCUCAUCCUCGGACCCAUCUCCCACCACCACCGGGACGCAGCGGUACCACCCAUCGCCAACCUCAUCCAGCCCGGUCAUCGCCAUCUCAACAACCACAGACCCCAUCAAUGCUCUCAACGAAGAUCACGAUAAUGAACCAGACCUCAUCGAGCUGGUUCCGGCAUCAGCACCGUCAUGCCUUAAGGAUUUCAGCCCCGGAACGGAAGCUCCAAACCGCUUGGAGGAGGACCAGAUCCCAGUCCCAAGCCCUCCUUCGUCACAGCCCGAAAUCGGCAAGGCUUCGGUCUUCUUGUGUAACAGCGACCUAUGGCGGAAAUUCCACGAGCACAGAACAGAGAUGAUCAUAACGAAGCAGGGAAGACGGAUGUUUCCUCAGCUGGUUUUUCGUCUGAGUGGUCUGAACCCCGCCUCACACUACAACGUGUUCGUGGACAUGGUGGUUGCCGAUACCAACACGUGGAAGUUCCAGGGCGGGAAAUGGGUGGUAACUGGUAAAUCAGACGGCGUGCCAAAAGCAACGGCGAUCUACAAGCACCCCGACUCACCUAACACUGGUGAACAUUGGAUGAGGCAGGAUAUCGCUUUCUCGAAACUCAAAUUGACCAACAGCAGAGGCAAGGACUCAACAGGCAAUGUUGUGAUCAACUCAAUGCACAUCUACCAACCUCGUAUCCACGUCCUCGAUCUCAGCGGUGCCCGUGUACUUCAAACCCACAGCUUUCCUGAGACGCAAUUCAUUGGUGUGACUGCCUACCAAAAUACAGACAUUACUCAGCUAAAGAUCGACCACAAUCCCUUCGCUAAAGGAUUCCGGGACAACUACGACAGCUUUGCAACCCGAGACCGGCUCUCCUAUGUAGCAACCCUACAGGAACAACGUCAACGGAUCAACACCAAGCCGAAUACAUCAGUUGCCACAACCAACGGGCACACCUUACCAGGCUUCAACUCCCUCAGAAAUAGAGAAGAGCACCCUCUACCGACGAGUACCAUUUGUUUCGACUCUCGCCAGAAUGGUGUAGGGCGCCCUCUUCCGCAAAUGGCCCAUUCCACAACAACGGAGAUGACACUGCCAAGUAUUACAGAGGUGACCCGGCCACAGUUGCUAUGCGACAUGGGUAGCAACUCUACCGACGUCACGGCUUCACGUGGACUUUGCAGAAACAUUCCGUCCUCCAGUACCGUCCACCAUUCCCCAGAGUCCAUCGGAGAAGGGGAGCUGACGUCAAGAGAUGGGGCCCUUCUCCCUGUGGCCAAUCAGAGCUCCGUUCUGGACACCCCACCCAAUCAAAGCCCCCAGGGGGAUCAUGAUGGGAGUGACAAACACGUAGCCAAAGUUGCGUCAUCACUGCAAGUUGAGAAUGCCGAAAUCCCAUGGUUGAACACUCCGCCCUCUGUAUGCUCCAGUGACGCCAGCAGCAGCUCGGAUGCCCCAUCCGCUAAGAGGCUUCGCAUCUCACCAGACGGUUCCGGGUCAUCCGCAUUCAUUUCCGGGUCAUCCACGUUCACUUCCGGAUCGUCAGCAUUCUCAUAUCCAGACCAACCCCAGUUGCCUUACUCUCAACCCGCAGUCAGCCACCCGAGUUUUGAGAACGAGUGCGGUUCCUAUAACCGUCCGUACGCCAUGCCGCCUUUAGCGUACUAUGGGAUGGGCGGGACAUAUCACUACCAGAAUGAUUCGCACAUGGGCUAUUCGUACAUGGGCCAACCUCGUCCACAGGGACUUAACAACAUGCAGACAAAUUCGUUGUACUACUCCCAACAGGAUGGCUGA